AAAGUACAGCUUAAUACAAAAAUAAUGCAAACGGAUUCCAUCAGAAAUUUACCCUGUCCUCGGGACGAUUUCUGGUGUCGUUUGUGUCUUUCAUCGACGGACUCCGAUCAUCAACAACUUUUUCCGCUUGGAGUAAGCUGCACCGCUAACGAACGGCUGAGCCGUAUUUACGAUUGUCUCGAAAUUCACGUAUCAUUCCUGGAAGAUUUUUGCUCCGUUAUUUGUAGGGAAUGUCGAGAAAAGAUAGAUUCGUUCUACACAUUUAAAAAGCAGUGUCAGUCAAAUGAUAGUUACGUUCGUAGAAAACGAAGCAAUAUUGGAGCAGAUUUUGAAAGAAUGCAGUGCCUUCCAGAUUUCGAUAGAAAGGAAGACUGCCACGAACACACUGUGGAGCCAGAUAAUGAAACCUUGGUUAACCAAACACGAGAUGUUUUCUUUCCAGAUAAGAAAGAAACUAUCGCUGUUGCGGUACAGGAUGUUCCUGAAUGUUUGGAUAAAGAAGUUCAAACCUGCGAUGAAAGUACAAGUGAAACAUUUUGUGGUUUUCCGCUUGAGAGUUAUGCCCGCCGAUCUCCUAGAAUAUUUAUUAAGAGGUCUGUAAAAGAAGCCUUCGAGCGUCAGAAACCUGCCUUAGCUAAACAAAAAGAAGGUUGUCACAUAUCUCUUGAAAUGCUUGAUAUCAAACCAAAUGUAUUCAAUACGGAAAAGUCGGAGAAAACAUUGGAGCCUCAACAACCAAAGUUACUGAUCAAUCCAAUGUCAACAAAAAGAAAAGCAACAAUAUAUUUCGAAGGUUUUCAAUACAGCAGACCUAAGCUAAGUCACAACGGAAACACUGUAUGGUCAUGUUGUUUGGUAUAUUGCCCCGCGAGACUUGAAAAAGAUACCAGAGGUGCAAUAUCGGUACACCAAGAAUUACAUAGACAUCGACCGCAGGUACUUCGUGAAGGUACCAUUUUCAAUGGUAAAAAUCGCAGAGCCAUGCAGUACGUUUUGGUCAAAACUAAUGGAAGACAAUGUUUUAUCUACAACGAUGCGUACCGCUACCGAUUCGAACAAAAAGUUUCCAACACAAAAAGUGUAUGGUCCUGCGAAGAAGAUGGAUGCAAAUCGUAUGUUAAUAUUUUCGGUGAUUUCCAACGUGUCUCGUGCAUCUACAAACAUAAUCAUCGCGAAGAAAAAAUAGUUUUCAGGAAAGAUAACAAAAAUUCCAAAAAGAGAAAGGCCAGUUCGAUAGCGGAUCCUUGUAAUAAUCUUUCAAUUUUUCCGAAUUGAAAAAAAAAAUCGUGAAGAGAAAUCUGCACUCUAUUAUUCAAUGGUGCAAUUCGUUGCUUCUUGAACUUUUACCCGAAAACAAAAUGAAUAAUGAAUUGAUGAAGUGUAAGAUUUAUUUAUACUCAUACGAAAAGCGUGCUACUUUUAACUUAAACAGAACCGGGAAAGCUGAUGUAU